AUGCCAAAAAUAAAUUUAAAAGAAAAAUAUGGCAGUUGGGCUGUUGUGACGGGUUGUACUGAUGGCAUAGGUAAAGCAUUUUCAUACGAAUUGGCAAAAAGAGGUUUGAAUAUCGUUCUGAUAAGCAGAAACAAAGAAAAACUCGAACGAGUAUCGAACGAUAUUAAAAACGAUUACAAAAUCGAUACUAAAAUAAUAAUGUGCGAUUUUACAAAAGGAAGAUCUAUUUACGAUGACGUUAAAUUAUUGAUGGAUGAUUUAGAUGUUGGAAUAUUGAUUAACAAUGUCGGAAUUCAAUAUAGUCAUCCGAUGUAUUUUGGAGAAUUACCAGACGAUGAAAUAUGGAACGUUUUAAAUGUCAAUUUGGGAUCCGUGGUGCAAAUGACGAAAAUAAUACUUUCAAAAAUGUUGGAUAAGAAAAAAGGCGCCAUUGUUAAUUUAUCAUCCGGUUCGAAACUUCAACCACUGCCUUUUAUGAAUCUUUACGCGGCAUCGAAAAUUUUCGUGGAUUUUUUCACCGAUGCUCUGAGAGAAGAAUAUAAAAAUUCAAAUUUGACGAUACAAUGUUUGUGCCCUUAUUACGUCACUACGAAAAUCAAUCAUUUCAACGAUAGAUUAUUGAAAAAUAAUUUAUUCGUACCUACUCCAUCCCGUUACGUUAAAUCCGCGCUCGAUACGUUAGGGAUAAUUGAUAACACGACCGGAUAUUGGCCUCACAGAUUACAAUAUUUAUUUGCCGUCAUGUGUCCGGUUUGGAUAAAAACAUACGUCGGUGGAAUAAUUUGUUAA